CGUUUGAACAAUAGGAUUCUGCAAGCCUCAGGCACUCGCUUUCUGCCUCUCUCUGCCUCUCUGCCUCUGCGGCUCGUGCUUGGUGCUCGUGCUUGUUGCGCCUGUGCUUUUGUGCCCAGUGCUUUGUGCCUGCUCUCGCUCACCCGCUCGCCCUCCCGCCAAUCGAACGAUUCCGACUACCAAGCUACUCAGAGAAUCAUAGACCUCAUCAUCUCAAACUCCUUGCCAUUGAGCACCCUCGACGCUUUCCCCUACGUAAAGAAGCUCAAAACCCGCCAAAAUGUCUGACGACGAUCGCGAAACGAAGCCCUUCAAGUUCGUCACUGGUGAGUUGACCUGUGUCGAUGCUCGAUUCCCCAACCAGAACCAGACCAAGCACUGCUGGCAAAACUACGUUGACUACCACAAGUGCAUCAACGCCAAGGGCGAGGACUUCGCCCCUUGCCGCCAGUUCUUCCUUGCCUACCGAUCCCUCUGCCCUAGCGGAUGGUACCAGCGAUGGGACGACCAGCGUGAGGCCGGCAACUUCCCGGCCAAGUUGGACGCAUAGGUGCAUGCCAUGAACGGACAGGUGGCCCUUGUAUAGAAUGGAGGAGGCUGCACCGACCAAGAGGACUGCUGGCUUGUGCUAGGAUGUAUCAUAGAUUCCCUUUGGUCAGACCAGUACAGAGCAUCGACCUGUCGAAUCAACAUUUUUAACAUGA